GAUAGGGUACUGAGUGGAAUUGUUUUCUUGCAGGCAGACUUAAGUAAACCUGAAACUAUACCAGCAACAUUGGUUGGCAUUCACACAGUUAUCGAUUGCGCUACAGGACGUCCUGAGGAGCCGAUAAAAACCGUAGAUUGGGAAGGAAAAGUAGCUCUCAUACAAUGUGCAAAGGCCAUGGGUAUCCAAAAAUUUGUCUUCUUUUCAAUUCAUAACUGCGACAAGCAUCCAGAAGUUCCACUCAUGGAGAUCAAGAACUGCACUGAGAAGUUUCUUAGGGAUUCAGGACAGAACCAUAUCAUUAUUCGUCUCUGUGGCUUCAUGCAGGGCCUGAUUGGACAGUAUGCAGUACCUAUAUUAGAAGAGAAAUCUGUUUGGGGUACUGAUGCUCCUACACGAAUAGCAUACAUGGAUACCCAGGACAUCGCUCGAUUAACAUUUAUAGCUCUACGCAAUGAGAAUGUCAAUGGGAAGCUUCUGACUUUUGCCGGGCCUCGUGCAUGGACAACCCAAGAGGUGAUAACAUUGUGUGAGAGGCUGGCUGGUCAAGAUGCAAAUGUCACCACCGUCCCUGUCUCAGUUUUGAGAUUGACACGCCAGCUGACUCGUUUGUUUGAGUGGACUAGUGACGUUGCUGAUAGAUUGGCAUUUUCAGAGGUUCUUACUAGCGAUACUGUUUUCUCGGUCCCUAUGAACGAGACAUACAAUCUUCUUGGUGUGGAUGCAAAAGAUAUUAUUUCCUUAGAGAAAUAUCUUCAGGAUUAUUUCAACAAUAUAUUGAAGAAGUUGAAGGAUCUCAAAGCACAGUCUAAGCAAACUGACAUUUUCUUUUGAAAGGAAAUUUUCCAUAUCCAUGCACAUAAGCUGUAUAUGUAUUGUGUAAUUCAUCUUGUAUUCAUACCCCAAAAAAAGAAAAAUGUACAUGUGCUUGAUGGAAAUAGACAGUUGAAUGGUAAUGACUGAAUUGAAAAAUCCUUGGUUUCUUAUCUCUUUCA